GAGCCCGCAGCAGCCGCGGCCAUGGCCCAGUCCCCUCCUCUGCACAGCCUCCUGGGCCAAGACCACUGGAUCUUCCCCCAGGGUUGGGGCUGGGCCGGCCACCCGGACUCCACGUCCCCUGCCUCCUCCUCGGACUCGUCGGGCUCCUGCCCCUGCGACGGCUCCCGCGGCCCCUCGCAGCCCGCGCCCCAGGCCCGCAGCGCCCGCGCCGCAGAGUGCCCGCUCUGCCCCGACGGCGGCCCCGCGCAGACGCAGACGCAGACGCAGGUGCAGGCGCGCGCCCCGGCGCUGGGCUCAGCCGCCAGCCCCUCCGCGUCCUGGGGGUCCCCGCCGGCGUGUCCCGAAGCACUAGCGGCCCCCGAGCGCCUGGGGAGCAGGAUACCUGACAUGGGUCCCUGGGUUACACCCCCUUACCACCCUGGGAUGCAGUCGCCCCCUCAACUGUCCCGAGGGAGAGGCCCCGACGCGGCCCUUUGGACACCGCCCCAGGGCUGUUCAGGAACGCAGACGUCCCCAGAGUCCAGGAAUCAGGCUACACCCUGGACGCCUUCCCCCGCGGCCCCUGAGCUGGCUGUAAUAUACCAGGGUAUCUCUGUGUCUCCAGAGUCUUGUCUGUUGCCAGAAACGCCACCCCUCCUGUCCCGCCCAGCAUGCCAGAGACUCCAGCCUCAGACCGAGUGGGGUUGCUGGAGCCACAGCGCAGAGAUGCUCCCCGCUUCAGAAGACCAGGGACCAGGCCCUGCCUUCCAGCUCGGUGAUGAGAGCCCUUCCCAGAGCUCAGGCGUGCAGCUCAGUGGCUGCCCUGAACUUUGGCAAGAAGAUUUGGAGGGGGCCCACCUGGGCAUCUUCUACUAAAGGCCUUGCGUUGUCCCCUUGUCGGCCAGGAGUCAGGCCUCCAGGGUGGGCUGCCUUCCAUCUGCUGCCUCUGAGGUCUUCAAGGUUUUUUUGUUUUUGCUUUUUUUAAAACCAAGCACCUCUUUUCCAAGGGAUGUCUUUUAUGGAAGCAGUGUUUGAAAUAGGUCGUGGGUGGCUUCCCUGGCUGGAGUCAGGGCUGCAGCAGGGCCCUCCAUUCCUAGAACCACCCCCCCCCCCACGCCCCAGAAUGCCCAGUGCUCUGCAGAGCACCGCCUGACCUACAGGAAGGUGGAGGCUGCUUGAGCACAGACUCGG